GGAAAAUAUCCCCGGGAGAGUGUGAUCUGGGGAGGCUCCGGUGGAGAAUAUCCCGGGCAGCGGCUGGGCAGGGGGGCUCAGGGAGGGUUACUGGGGGGAUACUGGGAGCACUGGGAAGGUGGGGCCGCAUCCCUGGGGAGGGGCUGGGAGUGUUCCAGACCCCCCAGAGCGGCUCCAAGGAGCACUGGGGGAGUCUGGGGGCCGGUUCCCCCCCCACCCCGGGCAGUUCCAACCGCUCCCUUUCCCCCGCAGCCCCCCGGGAUGUGGCUCUGACGGCCGCGGUGCCCCCAUGGCCGCACACCUCGUUCGCCGGUGCUGCCGGCGCCUGCUGCUCCCGGGCCCCCCCCGGGCUCCCCCGGCCGCCCCCCGGGGCCGCCCCCGGCCCGGGCAGGGCCCCCCCCGCGGCCGCCCCCCGCCCCCUACGCACCGGCCCCCCCAGGUGGGCCGAGACCCCCCAGGCGCGGCCGCGGGAGGAAGGGCCGGAGCAGCAGCUCCGGGAGCUGAUCCAGGGAGCCACCGACCCCCAGGAGCUGCUGCAGCUGUGCAGGGGGCACGGGCUGAGCAGCAACCUGGCGGGCAUGGCCAUCGCCCGCCUCGCCCGCCUCGCCCACGGGCGCCCCGACGCGCCGGCCAUCCACGGGGACCCCCGGCUGCUGCGGCUGCUCGACACCCUGGACGGGCAGAUCUCUCAGGUGUGGAACACGACACUGGUGCAGGUGCUGCGGGCGCUGCCCGCGCUGGGGCUGCCCCGUGCCGGGCGCCAGGUUCGCUCGGUGGAGCAGGAGGUGCUGUGGCGGCUCCGGCGGCUCCCCCUGCGCCACCUGGUGCAGCUGGCAGAGCACCUGGCGGGGCACAGGGACAGCCCCCUCCUGCCCGAGGUGCUGCGCAAGCUGGAGCUGCGCUGGACGGAGCUGGAGGGGACGCGGACCGUGGUGACGCUCAUGGCCAAGGUGGGACACCUGGCACCCGCCCUCAUGGAGCGCCUGGAGGACAAGGCCCUGGAGCUGGCGGAGCAGCUGGAUGUGGACGAGAUCCGGCGGAUGGCCGUGGCCCUGGCGCUGCAGCAGCGCCGCUGUGUGCCCCUGCUGCGGGCCCUGUCCUACCACCUGCUGCAGAAACCCCCCGAGCUGGGGCUGCCCGUGCUCACAGACCUGCUCUUCGCCUACAGUAAGCUGAACUUCCAGCAGCCCCAGGUGCUGCACAGGCUGUCCCUGGAGCUGCAGCCCCACCUGGGGGCUCUCACACCUGCCCAGGUGUCGCGCUGUGCCCGCUCCUUCGCUGCCCUGCGCUGGCUCAGCCGCCCCCUCGCCGAGGGCAUCGCACAGUAUUCCCUGGAUAACACCCAGGACAUGUCUGUCACCCACCUGUGCGCGAUCCUCGUGUCCUUCGCCCGCCUCAACUUCCAGCCCAGCUCCGGCGAGGAAUUCUUCACCAUGCUCCACGAGCAGCUCCAGGGGCAGGUGCAGCAGCUGGAUCCUCACGUGCUGACGGACGUGGUGUGGUCACUGUGUGUCCUGCAGCAGGCCCGGCCCCCCUACCUGCGCCAGGUGCUCGCCCCCGACUUCCACACCCGCCUCCAAGGUGACACGUCCCCACGGGCUCAGAGCUCGUGGCAGAAGCUCGUGCACAUCAAUGCCACGGCCCGGCUGGAGACCCCGGGCUACCGAGGGCCCUUCCUGCCCCCCGAGGCGCUGGGGGGGGACGGGGACGGGGACAAGGACAAGGACAAGGCCACCCCCCUGCAGCAGGGGCUGCGGGAGGCGCUGCCGGGGGCCCUGGGGGGCCGCGACCUCGGGCGCUACGACGUGCACACGGUGUUCGGCUGGGACAUCG